AAACGUGACACUUCAACGUAAAGGCUUGUCGGUUUUUCCAGGCUAAACAGAAAGUAAAAUACCCGGACCAAUAUGGCGAGUCUACAACAGCAAUACACAAAGAGAUUACACAAGGAGUUUGUCGCACUCCAGAAGAACAAGCCCAGUGGUAUCACUCUGUCCCUUGUGGCUGACAACCUACAUAUGUGGCAGGCAGUGAUUCCAGGACCCCAGGACUCCCUCUACGCUGGAGGAACCUUCACAGCACAACUAGUCAUACCGGAGGAAUACCCACUGAAGCCACCUGCGAUAAACUUUGACACAGCCACUAUUCCGUACCACCUGAAUGUACACCAAAAGUUUGGACAAGUGUGUCUUGGUUUCUUGACAGAGGAUAACUGGUCCCCGGCAGCAACAUCUAUGGAGCAGAUUGUCAACGCCCUGUUCUCCUUGCUUGCUCGGCCAGAACCACAAAAUUCAAUGGACCAUGAGCUACUGAACCAGUACACCCAUUACCUGACAAACUAUGAGCAGAAAGCGCGUGAAAGUGCGAAACGCACACCUCGUUAGUGUCUGAAAAUUAGCCUUCCAGACAUGUGACUUUUGUAUUGAUACAUUUGACAAAAUAUAUUAACUCAAAGAUGCAGUCCUACUGAUUGUUGGGAUAGUUCAUCACAUAAGAGAUCUAAAGCCUUCUGAUUAUGUUUCAAGUAUCACUUAUUAAUUAAUGAGUUAGGCUGCUCAUCAAUAUAAAAAGAGCAUAAGUUGUGACAUAACUGUCAAACACCUUCCCACAGAUAAAAUAUAGUAAAUAUAUACUUUAUGCCAAUCAGUAUAGUCUCAUGAUCUCACAAGACUGUUUUCCAGUGUUAAAAAUAAAAUUUCAAAAAAAUG